AUGUACUUGCGCUACACACAGCCGCCCGGGGACCUGUAUGACUGGUACGAGGACUAUCUUCAGGACGAGGAGGAGAUUGACGUGAAGGCAGGCGGCGGCCAGGUUAUGACUAUUGGCCAGAUGGUUUACCAGUUUAUGACCAAGCUGGACUGGUUCUCUACGCUAUUUCCGCGCAUACCCGUGCCCAUACAGAAGCAGAUCGAGCGCAAAAUAGGAGAUUACUGCCGCGAGCAGGGCAUCACCCUCAAUCAGCUGAGCUCGGGACGACCGGUCACAGGUCCACCGGGUGGUGGGGCUGGAGCUGCGGCUGCAACCGCUGCUACUGUUGGCCCCGAUGACGAUUACCAGGAAUACCAUGAGAGCGGUAAUGGCGGUGGUCACGGCCACGAUCACGACCGCCAACGCAGCAAGCACAAGAAGAAGCACAAGCACAGACACUACUCGCGCAGCCGAAGCAGAAGCCCCAGCCGCAACCGCCAACGCUCGGAGCGUCACGACCGCAAACGGGAUGCUGGUGACGGUGGCGCAGACAGCGGGGGAUCCGGAAGAGGUGGCUUCGGUUCGGAGCGAAGUAGCAAGAGCCGGCACAACGAUCACCCCGAUGAUCGGGAGCGGGAUCGAGAGCGAGAGCGUCGUCGCCGGUGA